AUGUCUGAUUCCUCUAGCUCUGAACCAUGCAACCCUAAUAGAGAAGAUCCUGUUGCUGACUCUGCGAAUACCUCACAUGCAAGAAGACCUAAAGAAACUGUAUCAGGCUUCUCCUUAGCAAUCGCUCUUGAGGAACGAACCAGAGAAGGUUCUAGGUAUGUUCACAAUGCCAUUGCCACUAUGGUGACUGGAAUACUGUCUGGUAAUCAUAAAGUCCUUGGGGUUUCCAUUCCCUUAAACACUAUUGAACCUGAUAGUGUUGCUUAUCAAGAAAAUAUUGAGUCUUUAGGAAAGAAUAUCUCUGAUGAUGUUGAGCAAACUGAUGCUCAAAAGGAGUCAAAUGUUGACAAACCCUUAGAUAAUGUGGUUGGUGAGGAAGUUCAUGUCACUCAUGAUGUUAGUAACAACCCUAACUGUGAGGCUGAAACAGUAGACCUGGAGGAAUUUUCUGAUAAUGAGUUGUUGUCCUCAGUCGUCCCUAGCAUAGCCAAAAGGGUUAGGACUAGGAGAGAAAAGAAAACAGUGGCUCAAAGGUCCCCCAGAAAGAAGAUUGAUGUUCCAACCUCUUCCAAUACAAAGGUGGCAGUCGAGACUUCCCUCAAGAGGAAAGUUCAUGGUCCAAUAAAAUCUUGGAGCAAAGGGGUGCCCAAGAAAAAGAAGACCAAGUCUAUUGUUGUUGAGUAUGACUCAGAUGUUCCAUGUGAUGUCCCUCACACUCUGUCAAAGAAGAAGCCAACCACUAGCAAGCUUGCAGCUAGUGUCCCUAAGGUACCAAUUGACAACAUAUCUUUUCAUUUUGCUUCAAGUGUAAACAAGUGGAAAUAUGUUUAUCAGAAGAGGCUGGCUUUGGAAAGGGAAUUACCUCAGAAUGUCCUGGAAUGUAAGGAUAUUAUGGACCUUAUUCAAGAGGCUGGUUUAAUGAAGACUGUGACUCAGUUCUCAAAGUGCUAUGAGAUGUUGGUAAAGGAAUUUAUUUUCAAUGUGUCUGAAGAAUGUGUUGAUGGGAAGUCUAAGGAAUUCAGGAAAGUGUAUGUGCGAGAAAAGAGACAAGGUGAUGUGCUUGGUGAAGCUGUUGCUGCUACAGAAGGAGCUGAAAGACAAGGUGAAGAGAGAGAAGCAGAUGCCAGUCCUGAUGAUGGCACAGAUGAUGAUGCUGACUCUGAGUCAGAUGACUAG